AUGUACGGCCUGAUUAGUAUACAUCUAUCUAUCUAUCUAUUUAUCUAUCUAUCUAUCUAUAUAUAUAAUAUAUGUAUUUUCCAUCGUUUAAUAUCUAUCUAUCUAUCUAUCUAUCUAUCUAUCUAUCUAUCUAUCUAUCACAGUCUGUUCACGUCUAUCUAUCUAUCUAUCUAUCUCAGCCCUCUCAUAUCUAUCUAUCUAUUACAGUCUAUUCACAUCUAUCUAUUUAUCACAGUCUGUUCACAUCUAUCUAUCUAUCUAUCUAUCUAUCUAUCUAUCUAUCUAUCUAUCUAUCUAUCUAUCACAGUCUGUUCACAUCUAUCUAUCUAUCUAUCUCAGCCCUCUCAUAUCUAUCUAUUACAGUCUAUUCGCAUCUAUCUAUUUAUCAGUCUGUUCACAUCUAUCUAUCUAUCUAGCUUGCUCAUCUGUUCAUUCUAUCUAUCUAUCUAUCUAUCUAUCUAUCUAUCUAUCUAUCUAUCUAUCUGUCUAUCUGUCUCAGCCCUCUCAUAUCAUCUAUCUAUCUAUCUAUCUAUCUAUCUAUCUAUCUAUCUAUCUAUCUAUCUAUCUCAGCCCUUUCAUAUCUAUCUCUCUAUCUAUCUAUCUAUCUAUCUAUCUAUCUAUGAAAACAAUGUCCUUAUUUCAAAGAGGUCGAACUCUGUGAUUUAA